AUGGUAGCAGAAACAAAACUCUACGACUCCUUGAGUGUGAAACCCGAGGCCACACAAGAUGAGAUUAAGAAAGCAUACCGCAAGGCUGCUCUGAAGCACCACCCAGACAAGAACAAAGACAAUCCUUCCUCCGCCGAAAAAUUCAAAGACGUCUCCCAAGCCUACGAAGUCCUCUCCGACCCCGAGAAACGCAAGGUCUACGACCAGUACGGACUCGAGUACCUGAUGCGCGGUGGCCCGGCACCUCCGCCCCCGGGAAGCGGCGGCGGUGGCGGAGGAACCGGCUUCGACGGUGGCAUGCCCGGAGGAUUCAACUUCGGUGGCAUGCCUCGAGGCGGAAGUCACAAGUUCCACUUCUCCACUGGUCCCGGUGGCGGCGCAGGCUUCAAUUUCAGUGAUGCCGACGACAUCUUCCGGAACUUCGCUAAGGGCAGUGGGGGAAUGGGUGGAAUGGGCGGCAUGGACGACGACGACCUUCUUUCUACGAUGUUCGGCAGCAGCGGCAGGGGCGGCGGCAUGGGCGGAAGUGGUUUCCGCAGCAGUCGACCUGGUGCUGGAUACUCGUCGAAGCCUAAGCGGGCACCCACGCCGGAACCGACUAUUGUUGAGAAGGACCUGCCGCUCACCCUGGAGGAAAUUUACAACGGAACCUCGAAGAAGGUCAAGACGAAGAGCAAGGCUUUCGACCCCUCGGGCAAGCGGACUACACAGGAAGUCACGCUCGAAGCCAACAUCAAGCCUGGUCUCCGGGCUGGAUCGAAGAUCAAGUACAGAAACAUUGGAGACCAGGAAGAAGGGGGCCGACAAGAUGUGCAUCUGAUCGUGAAAGAGCUCCCGCACCCUACAUUCAAACGUUCCGGCGAUAGCCUGGUCGCGACGGUGGAACUCACUCUAAAGGAAGCACUUACAGGGUGGGACCGAAUUAUCCGAACCAUCGAUGGCAAGUCAAUCCGUGUCGCGAAACCUGGCCCAACCCAACCCGGCCACGAAGAGCGAUAUCCCGGCCUGGGCAUGGUGAUCUCACGCAACCCCAGCGAGCGCGGUGAUCUCGUCAUUCACGUCAACGUCAAGUUCCCCACCAGCUUGACCCAAUCCCAGAAAGACCUUCUGAAGGAUGUUUUACCUUGA